UUGAGAUUAGCAUUUGUUUCCGGAAACAUGAUGGGGGUCGAGGCCACAUUUACCCCAGUAGAUCAUGCAGCGUUGGCCAAUAGUGAUUCUGAAACUUCAGAAGUCCUGGAUUCCCCAGCGGUAGAAGGUGUGGAGAAGGGUGUGAGUGAAGAAGUUUGUUUGCAAGUUCCCUUGGGAAAGAAGGAAGACAUCGACUUCCUUGGUACAGUCUGUGAUCAUGAGAAUAACAAGGGUGCUGUUGCUGACCCCACAAUUCUGAAUGGGGUCUCGCUAGAGCUGUCAAUUUCUAGCAAGGAUUCAGAUGAUAGUGUUUCAUUGGGGUGUCAAACACCACGUGGAAACAUCUUUGAUCCUUUUGCUCCAGGAUCAGAGGAGGAAUUCUGUGGUGCACCCAAAAAGAAGGUGGUGAGAGGGGCAGAAGCCCUCUCCCGCAGGAAGCUGAUAUUUGAAGCUGAUGACUUCCCAGUUAGAAGGUUAAGUUAUGAGUUUGAUUCUGAGGAGGAAGAGCUGUAUCUCCAAGGGAUCUGCAAGAUGUUUCUUGAUCUGAUAUUCUCAAACCAAGCGCUGGAGGCAACUGCAGACAGGGAGGAUCUGUUAGAUGCCAUCUCACCUGAAAGCUACAAAACCCCUGAAUCACAGCCUCUGCUUACUGGCAUUGCAGAGACCUGCCCAGACGCUCCUGUGCGUCCAUCUCUGAGAAUGCUGAAGCUCAGCCCAGGCAUUUGCAGGAAGCUUGACUUCAGUUCAGUUAGUCCAAAGGCUCUGUUUGCUGAAGAUAAUAAUUAA